AUGAAUAGGAUAGCAAACACCUUUACCUGGGAAAUCGGAAGUUUUCAAGAAUACGUAAGGAAUAUUUCUCAUGGAAGUUCCAUUUACAGUCAAAAAUUUUGGAUACCAAAGUUCCCUUUGGAUAAGUUUCAAAAUGAAAACGAUAUCAAGAAUCCAACAUUAUGGCAAUUGCGUUUAUUUCCGAAUGGGGACAAUUCGAUUGAAUCCAUAAAUCACAUCUCAUUAUUCUUAAAAGCUAUACAAACUCCAUAUGAGAAGUUAAACGAAAUUAACGGUAGAAAUCAAAAAUAUAUAGUAAUCAUUGGAAGAACUUUAAUAAAUGAAAAUAAAAAAAUCCUUAUCAAGAAUACUUCCAUAUCCACGAAUUAUUUCGUCUUUAAUAAUGUUAGUAGUGGAUGGGGUCAUAGAAAGUUUGUCGAAUUAAAUUCAAUAUUUCCAGAUGGUAACAAAUCUCAAGAUGUAGAUUUAUUUGUUCAAAUUACAUUUUUUAAUGAUAAUGAUAUAACAAAAGAAGAAGGUUUACUCGAUAUCAAUAAACCUAUGGAUUACUUUGAAAAUGAGUCCUUCUCAGAUAUUGAAUUUACUUUUGAAUGUGGAUCAAAGAUUAGGGCACAUCGUGUAAUACUUGCGUUUAAUUCGGAAUACUUUAAGAAUAUGUUAAAUGGUGGAUGGAAAGAACAAGAUAUGGACGUUAUACCGAUUAAAGAAACGAGUUAUGAAACGUUUAGAGCAAUUCUUUAUUUCGUUUAUACAGGAAAAUUAUUAAAUUUAGAUAAUUUUGAGACUCAAUGUGAACUUUUUAAAAGAUCUGAUAUGAUGUUGCUGGGAAAUUUGAAAAAAUUGGUCGUAAAGAAAAUGAUUGAAUUUAUUAAUGAAGAUAAUUGGGAUGUAUUUUUACUGCUUGGAUCCAAGGAUUACAUAUUAAAAUUUACUGGGUUGGAAUAUGCCGCUCAUCAUUGGGAAAUGGUUAAAACAAGCGAAGGAAUGCUACGAUUAUAUUCAAAUUAUGAUAUUAAUGAAAUGGAAGAAUUGAUCUUGUUUGUAAAUAAAAGGAAGGAAAUUGUAGACUUUGGAUUUUAA